UGAAUCCACCAGGAUCCGUCACUCAGCUUCCAAACUUCAUCACAGCAGCAGUUUCACUGUCUCUGCUGCUCAUGGAGAAACUUUCUGCCCUCAACCUUCACACGAAGAACAGCCUGGAGGAGUUUCAUUAAAAUCAGCCGCAGACAUGAAGUUUUGUGGAGGUGGAGCGGCGCUGCUGCUGCUGCUGCUGCUCGGCCGCUGCUGCUGCACCAGCCCCGGCAGGAGAGUGUGUCAGGGAAUGAGCAACCAGCUGACGUUGUUGGGGACUCGUGAUAAUCACUAUGACAACAUGGUGAGGACGUACUCCAACUGCUCCGUGGUCCUGGAGAACCUGGAGAUCACCUACGUCGGGGAGCACCAGGACCUGUCCUUCCUCCAGUCCAUCCAGGAAGUCGGCGGCUACGUUCUGAUCGCCAUGAACGAGGCCGCAAACAUCCCAUUGGUCAAUCUGAGGCUGAUCCGAGGCCAGAACCUCUAUGAGGGCCAGUUCGCCCUGCUGGUGAUGUCGAACUACAUCAGGAACCACUCGUCUGCAACUCUCAACUACACCAGCGGGCUGAAACAGCUGCAGCUCAGCAGUCUGACGGAGAUCCUGAAAGGAGGAGUAAAGAUGACCCACAAUCCCUUGCUGUGUAACACUGACACCAUCCAGUGGUGGGACAUCCUGGACAGAGGCAGCAAUCCCAGCAUGCUUUUCAAGAUGGACACCUUCACACGUGCAUGUCAGAAGUGUGACCCGGGGUGUGUUAACGGUUCGUGUUGGGCAGCAGGACCGGAUCACUGCCAGAGAUUCACCAGGUUGCAGUGUGCGGAGCAGUGCAGCAGGAGGUGUCGGGGUCCGAAACCCAUCGACUGCUGUAACGAACACUGUGCUGCAGGCUGCACUGGACCCCGAGCCACCGACUGCCUGGCCUGCAGGGAUUUUAACGAUGACGGGACUUGUAAAGAUACUUGUCCUCCGCCAACAGUCUAUGACCCCAAAACCCACCAGGUGGUCAACAACCCAAAGGCCAAGUUCACCUUCGGGGCGACCUGCGUCAAGUCCUGCCCACACAACUACGUGGUGACAGGUGGAUCGUGUGUCCGCACCUGCAGCGCUGGAAUGUACGAGGUGGAGGAGAACGGAGUCCAGCGCUGCAAAGCCUGUGAUGGAGCCUGUCCUAAAGUCUGUGAUGGAGUCGGGGUUGGUGCUCUGAUCAAGACCAUGGCCAUCAACGCCUCCAACAUCGAGUCCUUUGGGAACUGCACCAAGAUUAACGGGGACGUCUCCCUCAUUGAGACCUCUUUUACUGGGGAUGCACAUUAUAAAAUCCCACCCAUGGACCCAGCUAAACUGGAGUACUUCAGAACAGUGAAGGAAAUCACAGGUUUCUUGCUGAUCCAGUCCUGGCCGGAGAAUCUGACCUCUCUGUCGGUGUUUGAGAACCUGGAGAUCAUCAGAGGAAGAACAACACGGGCUGAGCACAGUUUGGCGGUGGUGAGGGCGAAGCACCUCCGCUGGCUGGGUCUGCGCUCUCUGAAGGAGGUAAGCGCUGGCCGGGUGUUGUUGAAGGACAACCCUCAGCUGUGCUACACCCAGUCCAAGCAGUGGACCCGCCUCUUCAGAUCCGGCGACCAGACCAUCACCAUGCGCAACAACGCCCCCCCUGAUGUCUGCGAACAACAGAAUCGAACCUGCGACACAGAGUGUACAGAGGAGGGCUGCUGGGGUCCAGGUCCCACCGUGUGUGUCUCCUGUCGGCAUUUCAACCGCAGGGGGCGCUGUGUGCCGCUCUGUAACCUGCUGCAGGGUGAGCCCAGAGAGGUGGAGGUGAACGGCAGCUGUGUGGAGUGUCACCCUGAGUGUCUGCUGAAGACCGGGAUCCCGACCUGCCACGGACCGGGUCCAGACCAGUGUUCCCAGUGUGCCCAGUUUAAAGACGGCCCUCACUGCGUGUCCCACUGCCCCCACGGUGUGCUGGGAGACGGAGACACGCUGAUCUGGAAAUACCCCGACAGGACGGGCCAGUGCCAGUCCUGCCACCAGAACUGCACCCAGGGGUGUUCAGGUCCUGGACUAUCCGGAUGCACUGGUGCUGCCACCCACUCCACGAUGGCAGUGGCCGUGGUUGGUGGGCUCUUGAUUGUCGUCAUUGUGUCGUUGGUUGUCUUUGUGUUGCUACGGCGACGACAAAUCAGGAGAAAGAGGACCCUGCGCCGCCUGCUGCAGGAGAGAGAGCUGGUGGAGCCGUUGACUCCGAGCGGUGAAGCUCCGAACCAGGCACUGCUGAGGAUCCUGAAGGAAACAGAGUUGAAGAAAAUCAGGGUGCUCGGCUCUGGAGCCUUUGGGACGGUCUUCAAGGGUCUGUGGAUCCCUGAAGGAGAGAACGUGAGAAUCCCAGUGGCCAUCAAAGUUCUCCGAGAGGCCACAUCACCUAAAGCCAACAAAGAAAUCCUGGAUGAGGCCUAUGUGAUGGCGAGUGUGGAUCACCCUCAUGUGUGUCGUCUGCUGGGGAUCUGCCUGACGUCGUCGGUCCAGCUGGUGACUCAGCUGAUGCAGUACGGCUGUUUGCUGGACUACGUCCGGCACCACAGGGACCACGUUGGAGCUCAGUGGCUGCUGAACUGGUGUGUCCAGAUCGCCAAGGGGAUGAACUACCUGGAGGAGCGUCACCUGGUGCAUCGAGACCUGGCGGCGAGGAACGUCCUGGUGAAAACUCCUAACCACGUCAAGAUCACUGACUUCGGCCUGGCCAAGCUGCUGACGGCUGAUGAGAAGGAAUACCACGCUGAUGGAGGAAAGGUUCCCAUUAAGUGGAUGGCGUUGGAGUCGAUCCUCCAGUGGACGUACACGCAUCAGAGUGACGUCUGGAGCUACGGAGUGACGGUGUGGGAGCUGAUGACGUUUGGCUCCAAACCGUACGAUGGCAUCCCAGCCAGUGAGAUCGCCUCGGUGCUGGAGAGAGGAGACCGGCUUCCCCAGCCCCCCAUCUGCACCAUCGACGUCUACAUGAUCAUGGUCAAAUGUUGGAUGAUCGACCCGUCCAGUCGUCCCAGGUUCAGAGAGCUGAUAGCAGAGUUCUCAAAAAUGGCCAGAGAUCCAUCCAGAUACCUGGUCGUACAGGGUGACCUUCCCAGUCCAACAGACAGCAGGUUUUACUCUCGCCUGCUGAGCUCAGACGACAUGGAGGACGUGGUCGAUGCCGAUGAAUACCUGCUGCCUUACAAAGGACUGGGUAGCCAUGACAACCGUCCCUGCAAUGCCACGAACGGUCGUCCGGUCAGAGAGAACAGCAUCGCUCUGCGUUACAUCACCGAUCCGACUCACAACUCGCUGGAUAAAGAAGACUUCAGCGGCCAUGAGUACAUGAACCAGAGUUUGAGUGAAACCAGCCAGAGCAGCAGGAUGUCGGAGGUUUUGAAUCCCAACUACGAGGACCUGAGCCUGGGCUGGGGCGCCGCCUCGCUUCCCUCCCCGCUGGAGGAUCUGAAGUAUUUCCCCAACAUUCCUGAGGGACCAGAGUACCUGAACACCCUCCAAAGCUUGGUCCCCCUGACCGCCAGCGACAGCCUGGACAACCCAGACUACCAGGCCGACUUCCUGCCGCAGGCCACGCCCUCCACCAGCGACGCCAACGCUUUAACAGGGAACGGCCUCUUCCUGCCGGCAGCGGAAAACCUGGAGUACCUGGGUCUAGGCGCCACACUGCAUGCCCCCGUCCGCUAGGGGGCAGCGACGUUCAGUCACUUCAGACUGAAGCAGACUUUGAUGUAGCCUCCAGACAGUAUUUCAUUUAGCUGUUUUUAUUGGACGUUCGUCUUGUGCUACACUGGAACACAACCUGCACUCAGACAGACGUCACUGAGGAAGAGGAGAACCAGACCUCGAACCUUUAAAUAGUUUUAAUAAUUUUAUUGUUUGAUGUCUCAGACAUGUGGGAACACAAUGAAAAACAGCCAGAAGCUGCUGAGACAGACGUUUCUCAACAAACACUCGUCAGUUUCACCACCACAGUGAUUUCAGCUGAUCCGUCCCGACGAGGGAUGAUCCAGACCUCGGCAGCAUGAUGGAUUCAUGGACAAAAUCACACAAAAGCACAUUAAUCUCUACCUCAUUUUGAAUUUGUCUUCCACUUCAUCUUUCCUCUGCACCCCUUGUUCCUUGAUUCUCAAAACUGGAGACAAAAAAUGAGAUUUUAACACUGAAAAUUCAUAAGCUGAUUUUUAAAAAUGGACAGAAGAAGAUUGGAUUCGCCAAAGAAGACAAACUGCAGAUGUUUGAUCUGUAUUUCGUCACGCAGGCCUGAUAAUAAAGGCUGUGACUACCAACUGAGUCCACAUGAUGGAUCUCUGCUCCGUCAGGCAUCAGGAAGUCCAGUGGCGCCCCCAGCUGGUGGAGUGAUGACUCUGUCGCUCAAAUCAAAGUGCAACACUUAACUUUAAGCUCUUUAGCUUUAUAGGCGACAUAUAAACAUUUGAUAAAAGGUUUCUAUCACUUUAAUGUAGUGCUAAGUAGCUGUAAGGAUGUUUUUUAAGUGUUUAUUAAUACAGAGUUGAAACUUCUCCUGUAAUUAAUAUUUAGUAUUAUUCUCUGACCACGUUCCUGAUCUGAUGCAGCCUCCACCUCCGUCCACAGGAGGACAUUCACAAACACUUCCUGCUCACAGCUACUUCAUAGUCUGUUAUAAACCAUUAUUACACGUUACUGUGCUGCUUGUAAAUGCUAAAUAGGAGAAAUGCUCGGUUUGUUGUGUUUCCAUCCACAGACUCUGGAUGGAUGAACAGUGUUUGAGUCACUCUGGAAUGAUGGUGUUGAGUGAAUAAUCUGCUUGUUUUUAUGUUAAAUUCCCAUUUGAAGCAGGAGAGAAGGUUUCCAGCGUGUUGGAUCACAAAACGUUCAGUCUCAUCAGAACAGGUGAAACUUUCUGUCAUCGUCUGACUCGAAACACGAAACUUUCGUGGAUUUUUGCUGAAGUGUGAAAAGUUUUGUUUCUUCUGCCUGAAAAAUGAGCCAAACUGUGAGUUACUGCUGUUAGUGAAGAUGUACACUGUGAUGAUGACGAUGAUGAUUCUUCAGCUUCUCGAGGACAUUCACUGUUCUAAUAGAGGAUGAGGAAGCUUCGCUCUGAUGAAGACUUUCUGCAUGUUGAAACGUUAGUUGCCGCACAUCUUAUAAAAGCUUUUUCAUGUGUUUCCUCCACAUCCCGAGUUCAUAGUGAGUUUUUAAACCUGUUGUCACGUCACGAGACAUUAAUUUUUCUCACAAAAAUAACAGGAUAACGGAUGAAAACCACCUGAUCAGGACUCUGAGCCUGACUCAAGUCUGAGCAAGAAGAAUCCAAAGAACUCUUCAUCCUGUUGUUCAUACUGAGAGUAAAAUGAGGAUGAUUGGCUGUUACCUGACAAAGAGCAUCACCUGUCCUCUCAAAUGACAGAACAGGGAGGCGAUGUGAGAAGAAAUAAAGUUGACUGGAGACCAGAUCAAGUCUGAGUCUGGACCCUGAUGUGGCUGAGAUGAGACUGAAGUCAUGACUCGAGUACCACAGCUCUGAUCUUUGCAGAUGAUAAAAUCAUUUGUGAAGUAUAAUAUAUCCAUGAGUCCUGAUGUCGAGAUAACGAGACGACAAAUAAUAAUUGUCAACAGCGCUGAGCUUCUUCCACACCGAAGAAUCGCGCUGAAUUUCUCUGAACACUGUUUCAUUUCUCAGGCUUUUAGCUUUAGUUGUGGUUUAAUGUGAAAGUAGUUGUGAAGCCUCAGUUCGAGGAGUCUUUGUUGUUCACAGGGUGCAGCUAACAUGCUAACCACCUUUUUGUUGGAGAAACAUUAAAGUUGUUGAGCUUCUUUUUCAUUAAAGCCUUUUGGUUUGUGUUCUCAA